UUCAAUUUGAAAAAUAUCAAUUUUAGCGAUGCCCUAAAAAGGUACCCCCAUAAAAUUGUUUUCUGAACAAAAUUAAAUUACAUUUGAAUUCUAUAAAUGUUUAUUUAUUUUGCAGGCAUGUUUUGAAAUCUUAAACACAUAGAACCAAGAUUAUGCGACCCAGUCAUAUUUUGUUAUCACGCAUCAGUUUUGUUUGUCAACUUAAUUCAGAUUUGUGUUUAUUCUAAAGCAUAAUAUUUAAACUAGUAUUGCAAAUAAAACCUUUUACUGCUUGUUAGAAACAUGAACACUUAAUACUUAAGUUAAACGAGCUUCAUUUGGCUAAAAUCAGUCCUAGCGCUAAGUACACGCUACCAGUAUUCGCGUUUAAUAUAUUUUUAAACCUACUUUCAACUCUGUGCUCUUUUUACAUACAUUUAUUUAAACUUAAACCUAAAAAGUAGUCUUCCGGUGGCGUUUUAUCAACUAAGUAUAUACAAUGCUUCCAGACAUGGCUUUAUUUAUCUUUCUAUUUUAUUGUUUUUCGGUUGUUUUCUUAUUAGAAGCUUCUGAAGAUGUUGACGUUAAUUCCGUGAAAAUUAUGUUUUAUUAUGGGCCUAGUUAUAAGGAUUUUGAGCUUUUUGAUUUGAAUGAUGGAGCAUCUCUCUUAAAACAUCCAAAAUUUAUUCACAACCACACAACUUUAUUUAUGCCGGGAUAUACGAACCAUAGAAUAAAUUCUAUUACAGUCUUUAUGGCAAGGUCGUAUUUGAAGGGGAACUUUUCUAAUUUUUUGAAUUUGGAUUGGGAAAAAUUAGCCAAUGGAGAUUAUACUUCAGCACAACAAAAUGUCUUUAAGCUUUCGGAAAAAGUCGCUGAAUUUAUCAUCGAUCUAUUUAACCUUGGAAUGGAUGAAGAUUCCUUCAGCAUGAUUGGACAAUCAAUGGGUGCACGUGGUAUAGGGGUUAUUGCGAGAGAUGUCAUAAUACGAAGUAAUGGAAGCAGGAUAGUAUCGAGAAUAACACCCUUAGACCCAUCAAACGAAGAAGCGCAUGAUAGUUUCAUUUUGCCAGUAAUUGAUAAAUCUUUUGCAAAGUUUGUUGAUGUAAUUCAUUCGGAUUCUGGAGGAGUUGGAACAAGAAAAGCCAUGGGGCAUGCUAACUUCUGGCCCAAUAAUGGUAUUGCAUUACAACCUGGAUGUCCUGAUGUAAAUCAAUCGAAAUAUUGCAGUCAUACCAAAGCAACUGCUUAUUGGGCUGAAAGUGUAGCUCACAAAAAACCAAUAUUAGCAUUUCCUUCAGGUAGCUAUGAGGAAUUAUUAAUAAAUGGAAUUGAAAAGUAUGUAAAUAGAGCUGUUCCGAUGGGAAUACAAUGUCCUAUGAGUACAAGGGGAGAUUAUUAUUUACAACAUAAUACCACUUUUGGUCAUUGCUAUUUUAUUGUUCGCACAUUCGGUAGAAUUCCUUGUGAAAUUUAGUUUGAUAAUAAAUAUUUAAGAAAUAAAAAAA